AUGGCCCAGCUUGUGGCACCCGAAGAGAGGCUGGAUGAGCCAUCGGUCUCUGCGCAAUCCUCGACAUGUGCGCAGGACCAUCUACGACCCUUUCGCCCCUUCUCCGCGAACCCGCUCGAGCCCCGCGCGGCUGAGUCGCCCACCACUGUAUACAAUCCAAGCUCGACAACACCCCGGAAGCAGAACGGAUCGGCGCUCGCGCAUGUCAAUGGCAAUGCCGCUAAUGCUGCAGACGCCGAUGAAGACCAUAUCCCCCCGCUCACCACGGUGAUUGCGCGCAUCCACGCCCGCGUUCAAGCCUUCCUCGCGGAGUCACACCCGCCCGACUCCCUCCUCGGUUCGGUCCAGCAACAGACACGCAUCUCGCUGGACGUCGUCUCCAAAGCCCUCUCACAAUACAAGUUCUCGGAGCUGUCCGUCUCCUACAACGGCGGCAAAGACUGCCUGGUUAUGCUGAUCCUCUUCCUCGCCGGCUUACACCCAUACUCGAGCAUGGCACAGUCCAAUGACGCCAGCAUACAAGCUGGCUGUGAUACUACUACUCCGGAGGAAACCCCCUCUGCUAUUUCCACGAUACCCGCCAUCUACGCCCUCCCACCGGACCCUUUCCCCGCUGUCGAAGACUUCGUCGUCACUUCUGCCGAAGCGUACCACCUCCAGAUCACAAAAUACACCACCGCCCCCCAGCCACCACGCUGCGCUCCACCUUCGAGGACUACCUGGCGCGGCAUCCAGGGAUCCGGGCCAUCUUCGUGGGCACACGGCGGACCGAUCCACACGGUGCGAAGUUGA